UGGCAAUGGUGGCAUGACUUUCCCGGAAUACCGUAGUCACUUUAGCAUCUGGGCAUUAAUGAAGGCUCCCUUGUUAAUUGGAUCUGAUUUGAGAAGUAUGAGUCAGGAAACAUAUUUGAUUUUCAGCAAUAGAGAAGUUAUUGGCUUAAACCAAGAUUCACUUGGAGUUCAGGGGAGGAAGGUUCAAGUUUCUGGAAAAGAUGGUUGCCGUCAGGUCAUAUCUUUUGCACUACCUCUUACUGCAUUUGUGCAAUGAA